GACCCGCGAGCUGCGGCGGCGGGAGCUCGGGCGGCGGGAGCUCGGCCACGCGGAGGGACGAGGCCCCGAGAUGCUGCGAGCGCCGGGGAGCAGCCUGGGCCGGCGGGGCCUUCACCACAAGGCCGUGAUGGCCCUGAGGCGGGAGGACGUGAACGCUUGGGAGCGGAGGGCGCCCCUGGCUCCGCGGCACAUCAAGGGGAUCACCAACCUGGGAUACAAAGUCCUAAUACAGCCUUCCAACCGGCGGGCCAUUCACGAUAAGGAAUAUGUCAAAGCUGGUGGCAUUCUUCAGGAGGAUAUUUCUGAAGCUUGCCUAAUUUUGGGAGUUAAAAGACCCCCAGAGGAAAAAUUAAUGUCUAAGAAGACUUACGCCUUCUUCUCCCACACAAUAAAGGCGCAGGAGGCCAAUAUGGGCUUACUGGAUGAGAUUCUGAGACAGGAAAUCCGGCUUAUUGAUUAUGAGAAAAUGGUGGAUCAUAGAGGAACACGGGUAGUGGCAUUUGGACAGUGGGCAGGUGUGGCAGGGAUGAUCAACAUUUUACACGGAAUGGGGCUGAGGCUCCUUGCUUUGGGACAUCACACACCUUUCAUGCACAUCGGCAUGGCUCAUAACUACAGGAACAGCAGUCAGGCUGUGCAGGCCGUCCGUGACGCUGGCUACGAAAUAUCUCUGGGUUUGAUGCCAAAAUCCAUAGGGCCUUUAACAUUUGUGUUCACAGGGACCGGUAACGUCUCUAAGGGAGCCCAAGAAAUCUUCAAUGAGUUACCUUGUGAAUAUGUAGAGCCACAUGAAUUGAAAGAAGUUUCCCAAAAUGGGGACCUGAGAAAAGUGUAUGGGACGGUGUUAAGUCGCCAUCAUCAUCUUGUCAGGAAAACAGAUGGUGUGUAUGAUCCUGUAGAGUAUGACAAAUAUCCUGAGCGCUACAUAAGUCGUUUUAAUACUGAUAUUGCACCCUAUACAACUUGCUUGAUUAAUGGAAUCUACUGGGAACAAAACACCCCUCGUCUACUAACUCGCCAAGAUGUCCAGAGUCUCUUGGUGCCAGGCAAGUCCUCUGUUGCUGGUGUGGAAGGCUGCCCUGCAUUACCACACAAGCUCGUGGCGAUAUGCGACAUUUCGGCUGACACGGGAGGCUCUAUAGAGUUCAUGACCGAAUGUACGACAAUAGAACAUCCCUUUUGCAUGUAUGAUGCGGACCAGCAUAUUAUUCAUGACAGUGUGGAAGGCUCUGGGAUUCUGAUGUGUUCCAUCGACAAUUUGCCAGCACAGCUUCCGAUCGAAGCUACAGAGUACUUUGGAGACAUGCUUUACCCUUACGUGGAAGAAAUGAUACUCUCAGAUGCGACACAGCCUCUUGAAAGUCAGAAUUUUUCUCCUGUGGUGCGAGAUGCAGUGAUUACAUCCAACGGUGUAUUGCCUGAUAAGUAUAAAUAUAUCCAGAAACUCCGAGAGAGCAGGGAACUUGCUCAGUCACUUUCAAUGGGCACCAAAAAAAGGGUCUUGGUUCUUGGAUCUGGUUAUGUAUCUGAACCCGUUUUGGAAUACUUGUCAAGAGAUAACAGGAUAGACAUAACAGUAGGCUCUGACAUGAAGGACCAAAUUGAACAGUUAGGCAAGAAAUAUAAUAUUAAUCCUGUUAGCAUGGACAUUAGUAAACAAGAAGAGAAGUUGAGCUCCUUGGUGGCAAAGCAGGAUCUUGUCAUCAGCUUAUUGCCUUAUGCACUGCAUCCUCUUGUGGCCAAGGCAUGCAUCAGAAGCAAAGUUGACAUGAUCACUGCAAGCUACAUCACACCGGAGCUAAAAGAAUUAGAAAAGAGUGUGGAAGACGCUGGCAUCACAGUCAUUGGUGAACUGGGAUUGGACCCUGGUCUUGACCAUAUGUUGGCGAUGGAAACCAUAGACAAGGCCAAGGAAGUGGGAGCCACGAUUGAAUCUUACAUUUCCUACUGUGGGGGGCUUCCAGCCCCUGAACAUUCAGACAAUCCUUUGAGAUACAAAUUUAGCUGGAGUCCCCUGGGAGUCUUGACCAACAUGAUGCAGCCGGCCACCUACCUGCUCGAUGGAAAGGUGGUGACAGUGGCGGGCGGCAUCCCCUUUCUGGAUGCAGUGACCCCCAUGGGGUAUUUCCCGGGCCUGAACUUGGAGGGCUACCCCAACAGGGACAGCACCCAGUACGCGGCGACCUACGGCAUCCCGACGGUGCGCACGCUGCUGCGGGGGACACUGAGGUACCAGGGCUACGCCAGGGCUCUCACCGGCUUCAUGAAGCUGGGCCUGAUCAGCAGGGACGCGGCGCCCGCCCUCCGGGCCGAGGCCCACCCUGUCACCUGGAAAGAGCUCCUUUGUGAUCUGGUUGGGAUUUCACCGUCCUCCAAGCAUGAUGUGCUUAGGGAAGCUGUCUUUGAGAAACUGGGAAGAGAUAAUACCCAGCUGGAGGCUGCUGAAUGGUUGGGCUUACUCGGGGAUGAGCAAGUCCCUCAAGCCGAGUCUGUGGUGGAUGCACUCUCCAAGCAUUUGGCCAGGAAACUCUCCUACGGCCCUGGAGAGAAAGAUAUGAUUGUGAUGAGAGACAGUUUUGGAAUCAGACAUCCUUCUGGACACUUGGAAAAUAAGAUUAUUGAUCUUGUGGUUUAUGGAGACGCCAAUGGCUUUUCAGCCAUGGCUAAAACUGUGGGGUUACCCACGGCGAUGGCAGCCAAGAUGCUGCUUGAUGGUGAAAUUAAAGCUAAAGGUCUGAUGGGGCCCUUUUCAAAGGACAUCUAUGAACCAAUACUGGAGCGAAUUAAAGCAGAAGGCAUUGUAUAUACAACACAGAGCACAAUCAAACCAUAAUUGAGAAUUAUCUCUUGUUUUUAUCUUCCCAGACAACAUAGCUCUGAACAUAUGUGCAACAACCUGCUUGCUAAUAUGCUACUUUGAAAUUUAAAGCAUGGUAUUUUUUUGAGUCAGUCAAUACAAUGAUGUUUUAAAAAUAUAAAUCUCUAUUUUAAUAUGAAAACAUUUGGAGCAGGAGAUGCCAGUAAUUACCAGAGAACUCUAAUAAUUUUACAUUUAUUUUUUCAUGUGUAUGUAAAAGUGAUGAUUGUGCUAUAUGUUAAUUUAUCGUGCAUCUUUUUUUCUUAUAAGAAUAUAUUUUCCUAUGAUCAGAUAAACUUUUAUCUUUCUAGUAAAAAAAAUAUCUUCACACAGCUAUAUUUUUGUAUUUUUCAAAUUGAUUCAGUUAGAUACUCUUAGAUUACCUAUCCACAACCUUUGUAAUAAUUCUAUUUUAUGGCUUUUUUGGUAAUAUUACGAUUUACCUAGUAAAUGACAUUUCUGACAGUUUUGAGUGUUUAGAAAAGGAAAUAGGUAAGAUUAAAUCAAAAUCCACAUGAUCACCUCAUUAGAGACAGAAAAAGCAUCUUGCAAAAUUUAACACCCUGUCAUAAUAAAAAGAUUGAAAAAAAAAAAAAAGAUUCAACAAACUAGGAGUUGAAGGGAGCUUUUCAACCUGAUAAAGAACAUCUAUGAAAAACCCAUAGCUAGCAUCAUACUUAAUGAUGAAAGACUGAAAUAUUUCUUUCCCCUUGAACCAGAAACAAGGAAAUGAUGUCUUCUCUCGGCAGUUCUACUCAACUUGGCCUGGAGGGUGUGGUCAGGGCAAUUAGCCAAGAAAAGGAAAUAAAACACAUCCAGAUUUGGGAGGAAGAAGAAAAACUAUCUCUAUUUGUAGAUGGUAUGAUCUUAUACAUAGAAAAUCCAAAAGAAUACUUUAAGAAAAUGUUAGAACUAAUACAUGAGUUCAGCAAAGUUGCAGAACACAAGAUUAAUAUACAAAAUUGAUAGUAUUUCUAUACAAUAUAAAUAAAUGAAACAAAAAUAAUACUGAAAAAGGCAAUUCAAUUUACAGUAGCAUGAAAAAGAGUUAAAUAGGAAUAGAUUGUGAGUCCAGAAAUAAUACUCAUCUUUAUGAUCAGUUGAUUUUUAAAAACGGUGCUAAGACAAUUCAGUAGAGGAAAACAGUCUUUUCAUCAAAUGGUGCUGGAACAACUGGAUAUCCACAUGCGAAAGAAGGAAGUUGGACCCCUUCCUCACAGCAUAUAUAAAUGUUAACUCAAAAUGGACCAAAGACCUAAAUAGAAGAACAAACACUGUAAAACCUUUAGAAGAAAUAGAUGUAAGUCUUCAUGCCCUUGGAUUAGGCAAUGAUUUCUAAAAUAAUUGAAACCAAAAGCACAAGCAACAAGAGGAAAUUAAAAAAAAAAUAGAUUAGCACCAUCAGAAUUAAAAACUUUUGUGCUUCCAAAGGUAACAUCAAGAAGCAAAAAGACGAGUCAUAGAAUGAGAGAAAAUUUUUGCAAAUCGUUUGUCAGGUAAGGGAGGAACCAGUAUUUAGAAUAAAUAAAGGACUACUAUAGCUCAGUAAGUAGACAAAGAGCCCAAUUUAAAAAAUCUAAGGAUAUGAAUGGACAGUUCUCUAAAGAAGAUACAAAACCAAUAAGCACAUGAAAAGGUGCUCAACACCAUUCACUACCAGGGAAAUGCGAAUCAAACCUACAAUGAUACCACUUCAUAUUCACCAGGAUAGUUAUAAUGGAAAAGACAUAACAAGUGUUGGUGGGGGUGUGGAGAAGUUGGAGUCCUCAAAAACUGCUGGUGGAAAUGUAAAAUUGUGCAGCCGUUUGGGAAGACAGUUUGGCAGUUCCUCAAAAGGUUAAAAGUAGAGCAACCACAUGAGCCAGCAAUUCCACUCUUAGGUACACACCCGAGAGAAAUGAAAACAUAUGUCCACACAAAAACUUGCAAGCAAAUGUUAAUGGGAAGUCUCAAAACAAGCCAAAUGUUCAUCGACUAAUAAAUGAAUAAACAAUGUGGCAUAUCCAUACAGCGCAAUAUUAUUUGGCAAUCAAAAGGAAAUGAAGUUCUGAUCCAUGCUACAACAUGGAUGAACCUUGACGAGAUUAUGUUAAGCGAAAGAAGCCAGACACAAAAGUCCAUGUGUGAUCUCAUUCAUAUGAAAUUGUCCAGAAUAGUCAAAUCUACAUAGAGAGAAAGUGGAUUAGUGGCUGCUUAGGGCUAGGGGUUUGGGGGAAAGUGGGAGUGACUGCUAAUGAGUUUGGGUUUCUCUUUAGAGUUAUGAAAAUGUUGUGGAGUCGAUGGAGGUAAUGGUGUCACAGCUCUGAAUAUAUUAAAAAUCACUAAACUGUA